AACAAUCGCCAUUUUCCUGCUCAUGGCUGGCGCGCAGUGGAGUGGACUUUCAUUUGCCGUUGAUGGCAAUUGAUAUGCCGUUUCUUUGCCGUUUUUCCGGUGGGGAUACUUCAAAGCCUGGUACUAGACCAUGACGGACGCCACAAACACUUCGUGUCUCCCAAACGCCGAACGCCUCACCCCCGCGUCAGCGGCGAGCGCGCCCGCAUGGCUUCCGCCGGCGGCUUCCUUCGUGCGCAGCCCGCACGCGGAGGUCGUUCGGCGGAGGGCCACCGCGUCGCACGAUAUGGACGCGAAGUGGCUCGAUGCACCUGCGCGCGAUGGGGGAUGCGCGGAGGGGGAAGGCACAAACGCUGCGGGGGACAAUGGCGGUUCCCGCCGCAGCAGCAGUAGCGGCAGCGGCGGUGCUGCUGGCGGUGCAGGCGGGUUUUUCCGCCUCUUGCGCAGAGGGGGAAACACCCCUCGCGAACCAGGCAGUUCCGCCACGAGCGGUUCGCCCGCGCGCGCGUCCGCCGACCUCUUCCGCUUCCGCCGCUCGCGGGGCGAAGGGCGGUCGACACCAUCGCAUGAUAAAAUUCCCGCCGAGAAAUGUGCCGCCCGUGAUGGCGCCAGAUCCGCAUCAGCUGCAGGAGCAGGGGAAGAAGGAGGAGGCGGGGGAGGGGGAGGGGGGAAAGUAGCAGGCGCAGCGGCAGCGGCAGCGGCAGCGGCAGCGGCAGCGGCAGUGGCAGCGGCAGCGGGCGGCGGCGCCUUCUCCCCCACCGCGGGGGAAGUAGCUGCGGCUGCUGCGCCGCUCGUCGCGGCAAGCGGCAGUGUUGAGGCCGCAGCGUCCGCGUCGCAAGCACUUAAGGCGCCGCAGGUGCCGGCGGGAUCGCCGUCUGUUGCUGAGGGAGGAUCAGCGCCGGUUGACGGGCUACCAACGGCAGGGGGACACGUGGAUGAUGACGUGUCCAGCUUUACGGGCUUCCACGUGGCGGCUGUUCCCUCCUCUCCUACGAGUAAAGGACCUGUCCUCAAGGAGACACUCUCCGCGGAAGUCGUUUCGCCUUCUUCCGCUGCUUCUGCCGCGGCGCAACUGCCCGCCCCCCGACCUCGAAUGGCGCGUUCCGCCUCCAUCAAUGCUUCCGCCCCUCGUCUCCCUCCCCCCAGAAGCGGUCAUUCGGGGCAGCUCCUUCCGCCGUCGCGCAGUCGCGCCGCCCGCAGAGCUUCCGCCGAUGGUCGCGGGACUCCCCCUCGGUCCGCCGCUUCCCCGCGCUCUGCUUACCCCUCCGCCGCAGCUAGUGCUGCCUCUGGUGGUACCAUUUCCGAAAGGCGCGAUAUCUUCGCCAGUGGCGAUAAUAUUUCUAACAUUGACGUUAACCGUAACGGUAACAGUAACAUUGACGAUGACGAUGACGAUGACGAUGACGAUGACGAUGACGAUGACGGAGUGGUGAUGGCGCGGCCCGUGCAGCGGAAAGGCGCAAGACGGGGAGGCUCCGCGGACCUUGCGCCGUCCGCGGAGGCGCAGCUGGUGGCCGCGGCGGCAGAAAUGCUCCGAGGACUGGGCAGCGGGGCGCAGCAGUUCGGCGGAAGCGGAGGUGCUGGGAGCGAGAACCAGGCGCGCGGAAGCGGCGGGGGAAGGCCUGCGCAUCCGGGGAAGGGGCGGGGUCUGCGCAAUGCGCGACUGAGCUGGGACGGGAGCGGUCGGGAUGCCCCUUCCCCCACUGGUCGGGGUAUGGCUUCCCCUACUGGAAGGGCUAUAGGUGUUCAAGAGCUGAAAGGCGCAAGUACAUCAGGCAGCGCCAGCAUCAAUGGCAGCAGCGCUAGCAGCAGCUACAAUGAGCGAUCCGGAGGUAAAAGCGGUGAUGGUGGCUGGGGUGGCGGCGGCGGCGGCGGCGGUGGUGGCGGCGGCGGCGGCGGUGGUGGCGGCGGUGGCGGGGGUGCUUCAGCAGCUGGUGUUUCGAUUUGGGGAACGGAUGGUAAAGGCCCCCAGGGGCCAGCCCUGAUAAAGAGGCUCUCGUUAGAGGUACAAGAGCGGCUGAAGCACCUCCAGGUGUCGUUUGAUGACCCUGCUGCGCCUGACGCUGACUCCGAUCACGAGAGUGCUUAUGGCGAGAGUGCUUUUAGCGAGGAUGCCUAUGGCGAAGGGGAACCGCCUGUUUCUGCAGGUCAGGUUAAUCGUGUCGCUGCAAGAACAGCUUCGUUGGGGAACGACGAGACAGUGACCGCCCCACUACCCUCCUCUCGUACUCGUCAUUCCGACUCCCCACUCUCACCUCAUGCACCCCAGCCUUCCCCCUCCUCCUCCCCCUUCCGCGUGCCCGUUUCUUCCCCCUCCCGCCCUCGUCGCGCCCAGCUACCCUCCCCCUCCGCCUCCCCCCACGCCUGUAUGCCUUCCCCCUCCGCCUCCCCCCAUGCGCCAUCCGCUUCCCCACGCGCCUUUGCCCCGCCAUCCUCCCCCAGCGCCGUUCCCCCAUCACCCUCCCCCCGCGCCCCAGUCUCUUCCCCCUCCGCCUCCCCAUCCCAACAGCGCAAGCCCAUACCAGCCAUGUUCUCCCGCCCCCCUCCCCUCACCACCCCCCCAACCCUGCCCGAACCUAUCGUCUCCUUCCCCCUGUCCCCCACCUUCCCCUCCCCCUUCCCCUCCGCCCCCUCCCCCAAUCGCCCCCACUACUCCCCUCCAAGCCUCCCCGUUCCCCCACUCGUUCCCCCGGGAUCUCCCCCUCCACGUCUCGCCUCUCCCCCCGCGCCUCCCCAGUGCGCCCUCCCGUCGCCCGCUCCACCUCCUCCUAUCAAAACCCCGUUCCCUCCCCCCGGCUUUCCCAUGCCCGCUCCCCGUCUCUUGACAUGAGCCAACUCUCCGCUCUAAUCUUGUAACCUACGAACCGUCAACCUCUAACUUUCCACCCUCUACUGGCUUAACCUCUAAUGCCUCACCCUCUAACUUCAUGGCCCCUCGAACCUCCCCCUCACACUAUUCCAACCAGCAGCAGCCUCAGCAGCAGGUUCGGCAGCAGGAUCGGGUACGGGUUCUGGUGCGGCGCAGCAGUGCGAGCGAUAUCCCAGACGAUCCUGUCAGCACUCCAACCGACCUCUAUCCCCUCAUCCCACCCUUCCCGCUCGGAAACACCACUUCAAGCCACGGAAACGGUGAUCAGAGCACCGUCACUGCCCAAGGGCCCAUACCUCCCUUUCGCGGGGGAUCAUCUCCCUCCAUCCCCUUCCCACCCUCUUGUGCCUCAAGGUGGUC